AUGGUGGCCACUUCUGCCGUAGCUGUCCAAGGAAUUUUGAGUAGUCUCAGGGUUCCUGCUCGCGCUGAUGAGAUCACUAUCCCUGCUGAUGUGACGCCUGAACGUGUGCCCACAGAGAUAGUUGAUUUCUCCUUCCGUACUCAAACUCAGGACCAACUGGUGGAGGAGAUUCGUCGGGCCACCGUAAUCUGUCUCGUCUAUGCCCUUGACAAUGAAAACACCAUUCAUCCGAUUGAAGGCCGUUGGCUCCCACUCAUAUGCUCCUGUUUCAAAGCCACCGAGGCUAGGGUACCUGUCGUGCUGGUUGGAAACAAACUCGACCUUGUGCCUAACAGCAAAAUGGAGGUGAGUCCCAAGUUGUGCAGCUAUGCGCGACAUUUUCUUUUCUGGCCCAUUGCCAUUCUCCCAGCCGAAUCCAGCGUGAUCAUUUAG